GUCUCGACACAGGUUUUGUCGACGUCGAGUUGGGUUGAUCGAAAUCGGUUGCGAUGCCAUCACGGCUGCCCCAGCACGCCAUCAACGCCGCGUAUGGAAGUUACUUGGCAUGUGUGAACGCACCGCCUGAAUGUGUAUGCGUCCAGCUUACUUGUGCAUGCAGGUACAGGGUGUAUUCGCGCGCUGUUCCACGCCGAGUUUCGCCGGUCGUAUCACGGGCCAAUUCUGUGGAUUUUAUUGAGCACGCUCGCCAUUGCCAUUGCUGCGCACGUUAUGGUGUUUCCAGUCCGCGUGUUCCUCUGGCUCGUGGGGCUUACGUCGUACGCUUUGCCUGUGUGCCCCUUUCAUCAGCUUUAUGUGUUGACGGUAGACUUAAAGACGGGCUAAGCAAUGCCCUUCAUCGAAGCAUAGCAGCAGUCCCCUUUCUGUGCGUUGCCGCAAGUCGGUAUCUGUACCCAGCACUCUUUGAGCGCUUGUUCAUGAUGGGCGUGGCCAUUCGCAGCCCGUCGCUCGCGUCAACCCUUGCAAAGAUCCACGUCGACUAUUUUACGUGGGAAUAUGCAUUGUCGGUGGUGCAGUUCACGCUGUAUCGGGUCGUGCUGAUGUUGAUAUUGGGCACCGGGUCGUUGGUCUUUACUCCGUUUUUCGGCGGUCUAUUUGCCGUGGUGACUUUCAGCUUCAAAGUCCGGCGGAUGGAAGUUGUGUUUGCGCUGUCGUUGCUGGUUCUGUACCUGGUUUCACGAACGCGAUCGACCGCAUUGGAGCUCGUUCGGCUCUGGUUUGAUGCACGAGCGAUAGCACGAGAGCUCUUCACACCGUUCGUGGAUCGACUGCCUGCGCUGAAAGCCCAAGCAAUUUCAAACAGGGACUCUCACCAAAUCUGUACGUAAUUUCGUUUGAAUGCAAUCUUUAUGCUCUGGUGGCGGCUCCAAGUUCUACGAAGAACAGCGGAUUUUGACCAUGAAUCUUUGAAUCACAGACGCCUCAAUCCUCCAAUGGCCCAAGCACCAAGCGAUUCUGUUUGGGUUUUCAUUCACGCUGAGCUAUCUGAUGCAAAUUCCCUACAUUGGGCCAUUUGUGUGGCUCGUGGGUUCGGUGGCGGCGGGCCAUGCCAUUGCCCAGUUCAUCGAUCGACCAGCUUCCUUCCCGUCGCCAACAGAAAAGCUCUACUAGUGGUGUCGGUCUCUCAUGAUUCGAAGUACCCAGGUCACUGGCUACGGUGCGAUUUCUCUUCCUAGUCAAAUUCAAGUCGCGGCACUUGCGAAGGCGGCAUUCGUUUACGUGACCUUGCGCAUAAUGUCCCCAAUUUGUGAAAUUCAAAGAUGAAGUCGGUGUGUUCCUGUCUGUAAUCGAUCGACCACCUGGAAAAAUUUGU